AUGACAGAGUAUAACACUAUCGGCUGUGCUUCAUUUACCGGAGACGACUCACUGGCUGAAGAAUUGAAACCUACUGGCUGUGCAAAAUUCUCAAGCGAACAGUUGGAAGUGACUGCUUGCUUUGAGACUAAGGACAGAGCAGCUAUUGGUCGUGCCAGAGCUAAUCAAGAAGUGCGAGAACCGAAGAGGAAACCUAAGGGCAAGGGAAAGUCCAGGAAACCUCCGCCAAAGAUGGAAAUAGAAUACGAAGAAGAGGAAGAAGAAAACGAUCAAAAUAUGGAGGACGAAGGGAAAGAGGAAGAAGAGGAAACAAAGCAACAGAUAGAGAAAGAAGAGACAAAAGAAAAAGAGAAAGGCAAGGAAGAGGAGGCGAAAGGGAAAAUGGCAGAGAAAGAAAAGGAAGAG